AAACUGCCUGGAACCACGACUUAUUGUUUAAAACAUAAAAUUCUGACUUGUUGCUUUCAGAUUGCCACGGCUGGUAUCGCGACGCAGUAAUCGCAAAAGUGGUUAAUUCUCAUGGCAGCGCGGAAACUCGCAGCCCUCCUCACCGCGGUUCUGCAACUUUGUUUAUGUCAAAUAACUCCGGAGAUACUUCCAGAGUUCCUAGCCCCCUUGGAGAAUCACACCGUGGUCCAGGGCCGCGACGUUUUCUUUACCUGCGUCGUUAAUCACUUGCAACAAUACAAGGUGGCCUGGAUAAAGUCAGAUUCCAGAGCAAUCUUGGCGAUACACACACAUUUAGUGGCACACAAUCCGAGACUUUCAGUUACUCAUAAUGGACACAACACGUGGAAGUUGCAUGUGUCCAAUGUUCAAAAGAACGAUUCAGGGGCAUACAUGUGCCAAGUGAAUACGGACCCUAUGCGGAGUCAGAAAGGCUACAUGGAAGUGGAGAUACCCCCAGAUAUAAUGGAUGAUGAGUCUGCAAUGGUGACCCACGAAGGCGGAAAUAUAAGACUGAGAUGCGUUGCAACAGGCUCACCCAAGCCCACUGUCACUUGGAAACGAGAAGAUGGGAAGAAUAUUAUUUUUAGACAAGAUGGACAGAAACAAUCUACGAAAACUCACGUGGGUGAAACUCUCGAGUUGACUGGGGUUCUCAGACAGGAGAUGGGCACAUAUCUUUGCAUUGCAAGCAACAAUGUACCGCCAACAGUCAGCAAACGUUAUUCCGUCGAUGUCCAUUUUCAACCCGUCAUAAAAACGACAAAUCAAUUGGUGGCUGCUCCACUUGACAGUGACGUUGUUCUGCAGUGUCAUGUUGAAGCUUCUCCGCACGCGAUGAACACUUGGUACAGAAACACAGGCGACAAGCUGCUGCCCAACGACAAAUAUGCAAUGUCUGAAAGCGCGAUUAACGAGUACUCUUGGCAGAUGAACCUCACUGUCUAUUCCCUGGAGAAGAAGGACUUUGGAGAAUACGUUUGCUCAUCCGUGAACGCUCUUGGAAAGGCUGACGGAGUUGUCCGUUUGCAAGAGCUGCACCUCUCUGCAAAAACUACUCCCAGCACUGUUGCCAAGAACACAGACUUCAAGCCCAGGAAGAGUCCAGCGGGCAAAGGUAAGAAGAAGAGCAAAAACAUCAACGAUAGGCGGACGCACGGAGGCGGCUACGACGACUUUGAUUCUCCAGGAAACGACGACGACGACCUUGGUACCACGCAAAUCAUGGCAGGCAGCACCAUCCAAGAAGCCCACAGAACGGAAAGACCCCUAGCUUUGCCAUCAUUGUCGCCUCCUUGGGUCGCCAUAAACGCUGCCAGUACUCGUAGCCAGUACUCGUUAUCGUUCGUCACUAUUCUCUUUUCAUUGGUUUUUCUAACAGUGCUAUUUCUUCUUUAAAAAUACCCCGAUAGUCUGAGAUGAAAUGGUGGGAGCGAUUCAACGCGGUGAAAAACUAUAGGUCUUCCUUUUAUUUUUAAUUCGACGAGAACGUACUUUUAGAUUCGACGAGAUCUAGUCACGGCGGUAUGACCAAUAAGAGAUAUUUUCUCUUGAAAAGAUUUUGUAAAUACGUAAGCGGCGAUACACGUCAGCUAGGUCCUAGUAACUGCGUGUAAAUCAACGAACGAUCGCACGAAUCUCUGAUUAUUUUAUUAUUAAACGUUUUGCCACAAAAGCAACCGUCAGUCGUGCUUUAGUACCUUGUCGACAACCAGUAACGUCGAUAUAUGUCUCAUCGGUACUUGAAGUAUCUUUUUCUUUAAAUAAGUAUCAUAUACUGUACUAUAUUCGAGAGCGUGCGAUCAUUACUUGUUAAGUACUCUUCUAAAUGUAAGUAACGGCUUCGUAAUGCAACUAGUACCUCGAGUUUUGCAUCAUGGAGAUGCACAAGUGGCUUAAAAGAAUACCGACUGACAAUUUUCUUUCGCAAAAGUACAAUUGUUUGUUUAGAAUAUAUCGAUCAGAAAACGAUUAUUUUAUCAAACACGAGUUAUAUCCUUUGUAAAAAUGAUUAAAGGAGUAAACUGAUGGGUGUAAUUAAGCUACCGAUUAAGUAUAUGCAUACCAAUUAUGAAUUGACCAAAUUAAUUUCGAUUACUUAUUAAAAAACUACGAUAUCGUAGCCAGUACGCAGAAUGGAAGACAUGACAAUAAGUAUCAAGUACUUGAGUUCUUUUCAUAUAUAUUAUUCGUUUCAAGCAAAAAUCAAAACAACUCUAGUUUAAUCGUUACAAACUAUUUAAUUAUACUAGUAUUCGACGAUGAUCGACAAUGAUCGAUGAUUUUCUAUCGAAAAUAUCACGAUGUGUACAUACGAUACAUUUAUUUCUCUAUAUCUAAAUUAUUACUCGUGGAUUGCGUAACUUGUGCCCAUUAACCCAUUGAACCAUAAAAUUGAUCAUUGAUAAAGUCAAUAAAAAAUUUACAAAAUAGUAUACCGAUACAUAUUUCGUGUAUAUAUAUAUAUCACCGUUACGCACCAAGAAUGAAUAAACAUUAAUGGGUUCGUGUACACGAGAGACGAGUCUCAACGAGUUUUUUAAGAGAAAAACUACAGGUCGCUUGAUAACAUAAUUACGUUAAACUGUUAACUGUAAGCAAGCCCACCGAAUACCCUUUAAUUUUAAGAUUACUACGUAAGCAUAGCGAAUUUAUUGGCACUAAGGAUAAAAUUAAAAUACAUAUACACAGCAACGAUACAUAUGAAUCAUAUAGGACCAUGUUUUAUGUAUGUACAUGUAUACCUAUAAAUUACAGAAUAACAAGUAUAUGACGUGUAAAUAUGAAGUAACGAAGUGAAUGUUGACGUUAUCGAAGGGACGUUACGGUAAAAAGCAAAUUGAUAUAGCGCACGAAUAUAAUAUACGUGUAUAAUUUAAUUGUAAUGUUGAACGGGACUACAUUUUAUACGAUUAUGGUGUGACAGUAGUCUCAGAAUGUAACAUAUUCAAGCUAAAAAAGACAUGUUUAAUCACUUGUCGGGUAUCUUAUCGUAAGGUAUGGUUUACGAAUAGGUGAAUGGAAAGGUUUGCUCGUUCGUUAGACUUCUCGCAACGAAACUCGAGCGUUAUUGUAUGUAUUUAUGUUGAGCUGUUAGGCUUUCGGGGAUCCGAUUGUUCACACGGUACUUGUGAAACUUUGUUAUCGUUUACUAAACUUCCUUUAACGAUACAUAACAUUCCAAGAAAGAAUCAGAUACUUUGAUCUUUGGUCUCUCAAGAAUUGUUACUAAUUAAAAAGCUAAUCGUUCAUAGAAAACUAGACUCAUCCGUCUACAAUGUUACACAACGAUCUUCAAAUACAUUUCAUAAAUUCUGUUCAAACAUAGCGAAUUCUCUUUCGUACGCUUAACAUACAUGAUAAUCAAGAUUCCAUGUCUUGAAUAUUAGAAUGUCGUAUUCACAAACCCCGACAGCUUCAAACAUGCCCUAAAUUUAAAUACAAUCUAUAAACUUACGCUUUUAAGACUAUUAUGCUGUGUCCACGGCCGUGUAAUAACAAAUUCCAAAGCGAAUGUUUAAAAUGUUAUGCACUUAAGCAUAUAAUUUCGAAAUUAAACUCACAUGUUCUAUCCUUUUGCGCUUCUGAGUUUCAUAGUUGUUGCUAGUACCUAUUGGUUCAAUUUUCCUGCAUUAUAAAAUGUAACCGAUAAUUUCAAGUAAAGUUACGCACAGCAAUAAUAGUAAUCUAAUUGUGUCUCUGUCGUUAUUCGAUACACAUAUACAUAUACGUACGAAAUAUAUUUUUGUGUAUAUUUUAUAUGUACGUAUAUAUAUAUGUAUGUGUAUACAUAUAUAUAAAAAAAUUGUGAAUAACUUGCCUUUGACAGAAUAAAACAAUAGAGUAACGAUUAACAUACAAUUCAAAAAUAUUGGAAUUAACUAUUGAAUGAAUUGCGGUAGAGAACGAGCAUGGUGUUCGGUACUAUUAACUUCAGACAAUAAACUGUUAUUAUCGAUGUUACCUGAUAAACUGUAUUUAUUGAGCUUCUAUACCUUCCGUUUAAUUUACGAAUAAAGUACUCAAACUGCUUAAAACUUAUCUCAUAAAGGGAAUCAAUGUUGAAUCAAUUAUGUUUGUAUAUAGCACCUCAGGUAUCUUUGAAACUAUAGGUUUCGCAGAAAUAAUUGGACAGUACGAGGGGGGUUAUCCGGUGACGAUAAUAGUUCUUUUGCAGGUGGAAGUAAUUCGAACAUUUUAAAGUCUCCUCCAUUUUUUUAAAUGGAUUGGUACCUUUUUACUUCCGUACCAUGAUAGAGUAUCUUAAAACGAGUUCAACGACCUAUUACAUAAGGUCAU